CUUUCCUAGCUUGACAGCUGUCACCAUACGCCGAGGUCAAGGGGAAAGAAGCAUGGCUGCGUUGUUUAGAGGGUCGCGAAAUUUAUUGUUAAGGUGGAAUAAGCAUGUCGACCUUGCCUUCGUGUCAUCACGAUCAAUGGCAUCAAAAACACCAGUGGGGUUCAUUGGUCUGGGUAACAUGGGCAGUCCCAUGGCCAAAAACCUGUUAAAGAACGGUUAUCCUGUUAUUGCCACUGAUGUCUUCCCUGAGUCCUGCAAGGAGCUGCAGGACAUUGGUGCCCAGGUAGUAGACUCUCCAGCAGAGGUGGCAGAGAAAGCAGACCGCAUCAUCACAAUGCUUCCCUCCAGUCCAAACGUCAUAGAAGUCUACACAGGUCCAAAUGGCAUCCUCAAGAAGGUGAAGAAGGGAACGCUGUUGAUCGACUCCUCCACCAUCGACCCUUCCGUCUCAAAAGAGAUGGCGGUCGCUGCAGAGAAGAUGGGGGCCGUGUUCAUGGAUGCUCCAGUUUCAGGAGGUGUCGGUGCUGCCAGCAUGGCCAAACUCACCUUCAUGGUCGGUGGAGUGGAGGAGGAAUACAAUGCUGCUCAGGAACUGCUCACCUGCAUGGGAGCCAAUGUUGUCUACUGUGGACAGGUUGGCACUGGACAGGCAGCUAAGAUCUGCAACAACAUGCUCUUGGCCAUCGGGAUGAUUGGGACCGCAGAGACCAUGAACCUUGGCAUCAGACUGGGUUUGGACCCCAAGCUGCUGACAAAGAUCCUCAACAUGUCCUCAGGUCGUUGCUGGUCCAGCGACACGUAUAACCCAGUCCCUGGUGUCAUGGAGGGAGUCCCCUCAGCCAACAACUACCAGGGCGGCUUUGGAACCACGCUAAUGGCCAAGGAUCUUGGUUUGGCUCAAAACACUGCCACCAACACCAAGACACCCAUCCCUCUGGGUUCCCUCGCCCACCAGAUCUUUCGAGUCAUGUGCUCCCGCGGCUACGCUAACAAGGACUUCUCAUCCGUCUUCCAAUUCCUACGCGAGGAGGAAGGCCAGUGAAUGGAGGGGGAUGUUACCAUGCAGGCACACACACACACACCCACGUACACACUCACACACACACACACACACACACCAGUGCCCCUUAUCCCACUAUGCUCAGGAGAGACUAAGGGCUUGCCCUCAGGCACAGAUCUGCGAUCUAAUUCACAUACUGUACGUUGACACAUGUCCUCUCAUUGCAUUAGCUGAAUAAUAUUUUCAAUUCACGGUUCUCCCUCUGCAUGGGGGAAAAGCUAAAACUGACAUUAGAUCAGUAUCCAGAGACAAAGCAACUUUCUUGCUUGUCCAAGAGGCCAGAGUGGAAAAUGAGAAGUAGGACAAGGUGCUCCAGGUUUACACAUAACAAUGCAAGUAAUAUGUUUUUUUACAGGGUGAUUGAUAAGAAAUAACUGCAUGAUUGUUGAAAGUUUUGCUUUUUGCCUGUUGUGACUGACUCGGACCUGUCCCCGUUAAAUGAAAGAGGGUAGAAAAAAAACGCAAGCAACAGUAUGGUUUCACAUAGUGAUCGAAAAAUUUAGGUUUAGGUCAAGGUUACCCUUUUUCCACUAGAAAAACAAUUUCCAUAUUCACAGCAUUACAUGUAAAGUAACCAAAACUGCCAACUCUGUGAGCUCAAAGUUUACUUGUAUUGUCAUGUUUGUCUGUGUUUGGCAGGAAGGUGGUGUCAUUCAGUGAUCCUGCCAGCAUACAGGCUUUCAUUUGUUUUCAUUUUUCAGUCAUUUGGUUUAUUUUUUACCGUAUGAACACGUGAGUUAACAGUAGUUUCAUCUGAUUUGUUUGGUACAUUUAAGAACAUUAAGACACCACUCACUGGAUCGCCCAGUUCUGCUCUUCCGUUUGAAUACUGUGAUAUAUAUCUAGUUAUUUUUGCACUGUGUGCAUCGCAGUGCGAUGUGCCAGGCCAUUUUGAUACAGUUACAGAAUACCUUACCUCUCUUCUCUACUGUCUGCAUCUGCUUAUCGAGCCACUGGAGUAUUAUAUUGUGACCAACACUGUUCAAAUUUUCUGCUGUUCACUACAAAAUGUUCUUCUCACUGUCGGCACUUUUUCUUGGCCAUUUUUACUUGAAAGUCUGUCCUCAGAUUUCUCCCCGCUCUGUCUUUCAGCUUGUACGACAUCUGUGUAAAGUGUAAGUGAGGAGCGCUUCCCCCCUGCUCUGAGCAAAUGUACAUAAUGUAUAUUUCAUAUUGUUGUGUAGUAUUGAAGAGGAAUCUAAAUGGACUGUCAUUUUUUUUUAGUAAAAUUCAUUAAUAGUGUCUACAGUUUGUCUUUGCUCUGUGAAACGGAUUCUCAAGUCACACUGUAGCCUAAAAUAAAAGAUGUUCUGUGUA